AUGGCGAUCAACGUCGAGCCCGAAGAGAACGUCGAUGAGGAAAUCGACACAACCAAGCAAAUUCAAAACGCCCUCAAGCUCCACGCCCAAGGGCCCCGAUUCUUUGACGAAGCCUCCGACGCCUACAAUGCCCUUUUUGAGUCCGAGAUUUUCAGAUACCCCGAGAGCAAGACCGAGUACGAGCGCACUGAGGAGCGACCGGAUGGCACUCUUGUCGUUGAACCCACCCUUGCCCAGGGGCUCGAGGUCGGUGCUGCCGAUGUAGAUGGGAUCGCCAGCACUCUACCGCAGACCUUGUACCUAUCCUUCAAGAAUCACGGCCAAUUCAUAGUCGAUCGGAUAAAACACAAGGCACGGGCCAGCAAACUGGGUAGCGAGUUCGAUUACGAUGAGGCCGCCAUUCAACAUGACGCCAAGAAAGCCUUGGACGAGUUCAGCGCCGCCCUCGACUAUGACCCAUCCGAUGCCGACUUAUGGAGGAAGACCGCGAGGAUUGCCGCUUUUCUCAAGAGCGCACGAAUUAGUCGCUACAGUCUGGAGGCAGCUGUGGAAUUGGACGAUGACCCUGCUGUUACCGAUUUUGAACCCCCUUCGCUCGCCGAAGGAUUCGCUGGCGAACAGCUCAAACGACAACUCGAGGUCCUGGACGACAAGAUGGCCCUUAGCCAUCCUAUCAUGAAGUCAUUUCGUGAAAAAGGUCUUCCGAAAUUCUUGGAGCGUUACCUCGAUCCCAUACCAUCACUCCCUGAUUACACCAAAACAAUGGCUGCCCCAAGACCGGACUCUGACGAGGUUGGCCAACCUCGUCUUGUCAUGAAUAUCCCAAGCUACUCCUGGACAGAACUUGGUAUUGCGUUGGUUCACUUCGUGGCGGAACAUGGGUUUUCUGGUCAGGCUGUCACGAUCCAACUACCAAAAGGAAUUGUCGAAGAUGAAGAUGUUCAGAUGGAGAUUGAUAAGCAGUUGCAGCCUCCCGAAGAAAGUACACAGGAGGAGGCGGCGGCGGUGGCGGCUGAAGUCACUUCGGCGGAGAAGUCUGGGGCCCAAGACACCGAAGAAGCUGAAUCCAGCUUUAAAGAGACCAAAGUUACCAUUGUCGAAGAGGCCAGAGCGGCUCAGCCCCCAAAGGACCGAACAUCUUCGUUGCCGACAAGAAAACGUUCGCAAUCUGCCGCUGGCAUACCAGAUCCAGGAGAUGAGGAGAAAGGCGAGACCAAGAGGAGCAAAAGGACGAGGCGAAGGGAGACAGCACCGGAGGAGGCUAUGGAUUCUGCCACACUUCUCGCCACUCAGCUUCAGCCCUUCCAAGCCGCCGACCAGAACCUCUUUCAAAUGACCAAAAAUUUUCUGGAAAAUCUUGGAGUGACAGACCGAGAUACACUGGACAGGAUAACCGAGAUCCUGGAUUCCUGCGCUUCGGAUGAUCGGACAAGUAAGAUCCAGAAUCCUGCUACGACUGAUUUGCGAGAAGCAAUACUUCAUUUCGACGAAGAAACUGCAAGCAUCCUGCUGGACGGGAGAGAAAGUCCACCACUUAGCCUGUCUGCUUUCCUAGAACACUCCAAAUCACCAUCCCAAAGGGCAAUUGAGCCGCCCCAAUUCGACGAUGUACGAAAUAUUCGUGGUUUCGUCACGAGAAUGAACUCAGGCUGGAAUACAAUCCAGGAUGUCGUCUAUGAGUAUGUCAAGUCUCUUGCAGAGAGCUACUCAACAGAGAAAUGGUCAGAUCAGAUGAAGGUUGCUGUCGUUCAAGUCAUUAGCCGAUUGGACGAAGGAAUCUACGAACGAGUCGUUUACGACCUUGAGCAAUGGCAGCUGAGCGACGCGAGCGGGCACCAGCCUCCUACAGAUAUUGUCGAUCUGGUUUACAUGCUUUUUGAGUUACAUCUUGAUGUGUACGAGCGGAUCACGAACCCUAACAGCGUCGUGGAGCAAAUUACGCGGACUAAAGCGCGGAUAAGGUUGGGGAGGUGGUGGGAUUUAGCUACGCAAGUCAGCCGGCGACGCUAUCUCGGAACUGAUGAUGCUUUGACAAUCCGCUUCCUUUGGGCAGCUGUGGUCUUCAUUACAGUUACUGAAGGGGUACCCCGCGAACACAUUCUCAAUUGCUGGCAUAGUCUGCGCGAUCAUCUUGCGACAACUACGGUCCCCGAUAUUGUUCUGCCAAACAACGCAGUGAUGCCGGAGAUUUCGGUAGCCGCUGCCGAUCGUGAAGUUAGCAAGCUCACAACCAUGGAGUUUUUCCUGGGUCUCUUCCAAGAAGAACAGGACAAUCCCGUGUCCGUUAUCGAUACUUUGGAGCCUGUGCUUAAUCCCGAAUCAGUCUGCAUCAAUAGCCCAGCUGCUCCGAACCCUGCUAAAGACGCAAUGGACGAAGACACCGAGCCUGCUGGAAACAUUAAGUCCGUCAAAGAUUGCGCCAGUCAAGGGCUGCAGGACCUGUGGAACUUCAUCGAGAAGAGCAGCACUGAUCUCCGGUUACUGCUCUGGUCGAGGCUCGGCGACGCCUACGGCAAAAUCAAGUACACCACAAAACAAUUCUCGUGCUUUCUGCGGAGUAUCGAAACUAUUGUGCACGAUUUUGAGCGAAAGGACUACGUCAACACACCACAAGCAGCUCGAAAAGAGUUGUUCAUGACAAUGCUCAAGGCCCUAGAUGACCAAAUCAUUCAGUCGUUGCAUCUAGCGCUGAAUCACAACAAUUCGUUCGACAUCAUUGAUGAGGAACACAUCAAGACUACAUCAGCCGCUCUCGCCAAGGUUAGCUGUCUUCUUCACGUUGCUGCUAUGUACGAAGAUGAAGCCAGUGUAGGAAUCAUCCAACCUCCGGCAACUGGAUCUCUAGCUGCAUCAUUUCUCAACAGACUUCGGGAGAUGCAAGUGAGAACAUGGUCCCUGCAAUACACGGUUCUGAAGAUGGGGAUAAAUCUUCACCCAGACAUUUUCCUGACGCCCGAAAAUGAUCUGGCCGAUUACUUGGCGGCCGUUCACCAAGUCCUUGGUCUAAGGAAAUACUGCAAGUCUUCCAAUAAGAUCUUCCUCAAGAUGAUGCGGGUCGAACUGUUGAAGCUGAAGAAUAUCGAAAAUUGGGAAGACUAUCUCGGCCAAGUCCUCUAUGACCUUCAUGGCCUCAAGCUUGGAGUAGGGAUCUGGGACGUCCAGGAGCAUGACUGCCCACCUGAGAAGCUCGAGAAGCGCCAGGCAUUGGCGAUGGUGGAAAAGAUCAGCCUCCUUGCUCACCGAAUGACAAUGAAGGACCUGUUGAAGUCGGACCUCAAAAACACCGUCGAAUCGAUGCAGCAAGCGAUUGGCUCUGCCAAGUCAACAGCUCAAAUGAUGCACAAUCAUCGGAACUUUAACGAAUAUUUAAAGACCCCGAUUCACCCAUUGCAUCUGUACAAGGCCCUGACCGGCAAUGUCGACCUGGAUGCAGUCACUAUCAACACGCCGGAUAGCGCACCCGCGAAGCACGGCUGGUUCUUCUUGCUGGGUAUGAUUGCCCUUACCAAGUUCAAGGGUGUCGACCUCAACCGUCGCCAGACUCCGGGUGCCCUGGACGAUUUACGCAUUGCAGUCACCUUCUUGCGAUUACAGCUUCAGUACACACCAGACAGGUGGGAUGCUUGGUUUCGUCUUGCCGAAUGCUUCGACUAUGAGUUGGAUGAUAUGGUUCUUUGGACCGCUGAUAAAAUGAACAAGGACAGAGCAGAUCUUGUCAAGUUCCAGCGGCAGUCAAUUCAUUGUUACACUCUCGCACUAUCACACUCUUACGCUUCGACCUCAGACCCCAACGUCUACGCGUUAUCGGGUGGAGAUACGGAGGCGCUCUAUGACCUAUACCACGAGUUUGGCAUGCGAAUGUAUGCAUCAAGCCGUGAACCAUUUGCCAUGGAGCCCUUUAUGCAUUCGGACCAGCACCGCUUCUUCAUCGAAGUAUCGGGCAAUGGUACUUACAAGGAGAUAUUGCAUAAUCAGAUGUCAGAUUACCAAGUAUGGAAGUUUGCUGCGAGCUUGUUUCGGAAAGCCAUGGCUGGCAAGCCUAAGGACUGGAAGAAUCCAUACAUGAUAGCGAAGUGCUUAUGGAAGAUGUAUCAGAAGCCAGAGGACGAGCUCGAUGAAAAGAACAGGCACGGCCGACCGACAGUUCAAGCGGUCAUCAAGGCCCUUGAGAAAACUGUCGAGGUUGUUUGGACGCUUCCCAAACCUCGGCACGGCCAGGAUCCGAUUCUGGAGCCACACUACAAGAUCCUAUCAGUCAUCAAUAAGCUCGUUACCCGCGGCGACCUCCCUCGCCAGGAAGCUGCAGACAUUCUGCAACGACAGCCACUUGCUCCUGGUCGCGGUGAACAGGUUACGCUUGAAAACGAUGAGGACUGGCACGAGUACAUGCUCAGGUACAUGCGUCACUUGAGAGAUAAGGACAAGUCAAAUUGGCAGCAUCGUAUGAUCAUUCGUCAUGCUCGUCUCUUGUUCGACGGUGACGAGAUUGGAGAUGAGGAAGACGAGACGAAGAAGGAGGCAAGCAAGGAGGCUGCUUCCAAGGCCUUUGCGGUUUUGCGCGAGAACAUGUUCACCAAGACGAUGGUGAUGAACGUCUGGAAGUGUGAUGCUGAACGGCCCGGUCGUCAUCAUGUCUACACGGAGCAAUACAUCCGGUACAUGGCCCGGCUGUUGGCCGUCAUGAAUGACAGAGCCAACCUUGAGGCAGUACUGCGACGCAUUCGGAAGAAAGGUGUCGACUUCUACCACUUCAGCGAACUAUGGCAACAUGGCGUGCAGAUAUACCUCAAGAUGAUCCGGAAGGCAUUCAAUAUUCCAGCAAAUGAUGAGGAUCCUUUCAAGAACGUUGCACCAGAGGACUUUGAAGCGGUGGCUGAGAAGAUUGUGGAAUGGGUCAUCACGCCAGAGGCUGAGAAUCAUGCCGCCCUCAACGCCAUGAAGGAAGCGAUCGAGCUCAAGAAAUUGAACGCCAACUUGAUGAAAGCUGGACCGAUUGAUGACUUGAUCAAUGAUUGCUACUCGAUCAUCCAUCACGAAAUGGUUCCUGAGCGAGCUGUUUCGGAGACGCCGCAAGGCGGUGAUGAAUAUAGCCGGGCUGGUGAGGGAGAGUUGACGACGAAGCCGGCAGAAGGAGAAGAACCCAAAUCCAUGACUCUCAGCAUCCUGCCGGCUCUUCAGGAGAGAGAACGUGCUGCUGCUGCUGCCGCUGCUUCAGGUUCUCUGCGGGCCCCGUCCGAGCAACCCGACAAAAUGUCAGAAAAGCAACUAUCCUUUAAUGGGGACAUCGCUCACCGCGGUCGCAAGCUUGGUGUUCGGAGACCGGAUGUCCUACGCAAGGCCGAACAAGCCGUGUUGAGGGCCGCAGAGGGCCCACCGAAAGCCUUGUCCGGCGUCACCAGAUCAUCACGAAAAGGCUCCGUAUCUAGUGGUAGCGGAAGGAAGGGUCAGACAACCCGUGAUGAAGGCGCUGAUGAUGAUAACGAUGAGACAGACGAAGAUGUUACUCGCCAUGAUGACGAGGAUAUUACGAUGAAAGACGCCGAUGAUGAAGACAACAAUCGGCCUCGCAGUCGCCGCAGCAGAAGAGGACAAGACGAUACCCAGAUGGCCGACGAUGAGCAUGAAGAAGAAGCAAUGUCCUCUCCUCCUGGUAGCGUUCACGACUCAGCCGACGACGAGAGCGAUCUCAGUGAUGUGCCGGCUGACUACGAGGACGAUAUUCCCCCAUCCCUGCUAUUCCCCAACCUGAGGCGGAGCGUAGAUGCCUCUGCCGCCGGUGGUGCCGUUGCCGCGUCUGCUACGACCCCUCUUACCCCAGGCAGACCUACGAUAUACAGUUCGAGCUCGGAAUCAGGCAGUAGUAGCGCUGACGAGAAGGCAAAAUCGGAGCCAAAGCGGACGCCAAGGAAGCCGAGCUGGCAUAAAAGCCAGGCAGCCAAAGCUCAGCAUGAGCGGCCAGGAAGCAGUAGCAUUGAUCAGCAUAAGGCGACCGAGGGUGGCUCAAUAGGACCGAUGAGAUGGGGUUUGAAGACUGGCCGACCUCGUAAUGGCAGUGGUGCGAGUGCUUCUGCUGUUGUACAUGGAGUGCCGGGGACGGAGGAUGCUGAAGAGGAGGAGGAAGAUGAAGUGGAAGGGGAGGUCGAAGAUGAGGAUGAUGAUGAAGGCGAGCACGAGGACGCCGAAGAAGCCGUUGAGGAGGUUGGAGAGACAGAGGAAGAGGGAGAUGAGGAUGUGGAUGUGGAUGAGGAGAUGGAGGACGGGGAAGGCGAGGGAGAUGUCGAAGAGGGCGAAGAGGAUCAUGAAGACGAUGAAGAUGCUGAAGCUGAAGAGGAGGGUGAGGAGGAGGAUGAGGAGGAGGCCGAAGAAGCUGAAGAAGAUGUAAGGCCAGGCGAGCAUAAAGGUGAUGUAGAGGAAGACACAGAGGGAGACGAAGAAGAAGAAGAAGAAGAAGAAGAAGAGGAGGAGGAGGAGGAGGAGGAGGAGGAGGAGGAAGAGGAGGAGGGUGCUGAAGUGGUAGAGGACGGAGAAGGUAAUGAAGGUGAUGAAGAAGAGGAGGAGGAGGAGGCAGAUGAGGAAGAAGGUGAUGAGGAAGAAGGCGAAGGCGAAGAGGAGGAGAUUGGGGAUGAGGAUACGGAUGAUGAGAGUGAGCAUGACAGUUCGACAAGAGGAAAUUAG